AUGAGCCAGCAGCAGGAGCUUCCCUUUGGCUACCUCUCCCAGGUUGACUCGUACCUCGCCGCCGUCCACUCCGCCACCACAACCACGGCCACAACCUCGACAGCAUCCCUCACGUCUUCUUCUUCCUUGCCCCCCUCGACGUCGCAGCUCCCCGCCGUCCUCGACAGCAGCCGCGCCCACCUCCCGGACUGCUUCCGCACGCUGCGCUGCGACAGCUGCGAGAUGCUCUUUGACGAGGCCGGCGCCGACGAGCUGCGGUGGACGUUCCCGUGCGGGCACGUCUACUGCGUCGAGUGCGCGCAGCGCGCGCGCGCCGCCGCGCACCGCACCAACGUGCACGUCUUCUGCCGGCGCUGCGCCAACAUCAUCGUCCGCAAGCGCGACAACGUGCCCUGCGCGCACCAGAUCCCCUCGGUGGCCUUUGACGUCCGCCGGCCGGAGCUGUUCGACCAGGACAGCAACGGCGGCGGCUUCCCGGACCGGUACCGGCUGGCGCUCGGCCAGAGGACGGGGCCCAAGUGCCAGCUGUGCUGGCUGCGGGCGCGGCUGCAGAGCCUCUCGUACCAGGCCGCGCAGCGGUGGAGGGUCGACGAGAUGGGCUUCCCGGGUGAGCUGUUUGCGUGCGUGCAGGUCGACCGGCAGCGCGUCGUGCACGGGCUGCGCGGCGAGCUGCCCGACGCAGAGGUCGACAGGGAGGGCGACGUCGAGCUGUGCCGCGCGCCCAUGGAGCACGAGCUGAGCCAGGUUGCGUCGGACAUUUGCGGGGGGCUCGGGCAGGUGCCCAUGGAGCCCAACUUUGACCCGCGGGGGCACAUUGAGGUGCAGUACCGCCUGAGGGGGUGGGCCAAGUGGAUGAGGAAGAAUGGCAUCGAUGAGAGGACGAUGCCGGUGGGCUUGAGGGCGGCGGUGUACGGGACGUGGUGA